AACUUGGAAUGACUAGUUCUUAGGUUUGACUGUCAGUUUCGUACACAAAAUAUACAUAUUAUAUAUUUUAUAUUUACUCUUUAUGGUCUGGGAAACAUGCGUCCAAUUUUAUUUCUAUUCUACACCGUGGAAACGGUAAUCAAUAUGUUUCUAAUGGCCUUUCAUAUACGUGGGUUUAUGUCCGUGGAUCUUGGCUUUCUCCCAUUAUAUGCUCAAUUGACUCACUUGUUUUAUGCCGUCAUUUUUUAUAUAUUCACCGUAAUGACAAUGUUUUGCAGUAUCAAUAUAUGUACAGGACAUCAAUCUAAUCUGGUAGAGGAAAUACUACGUACAGCAAUUGGUUCUCUAAUGUAUGUAAUUAUAUCGAUGAUGACUCUAAAUGAUGCUGAAGAGGAUUUCCAUUUGAUGUAUGUGGGUAUGGGUGAUCCAAAUUUACCCGAGAAGCCAAUCCAUCCAUUCUUUGCGUAUCUAAAAACUCAGGCGAUCUGUGCUCUAGCAAAUGGAGUUGUCUAUCUGCUGCACUGCAUCAUUACCAUCGAUGUAUUGCUGUCGAAUGAAGAGGACACGGAUGGUGAAUACCAUUUAUAUGAUACAUCUGAUGAAUAUGACGAAGAUUCCGAUUAUGUGCCAGUUCGUCUAUAUGUUUUUGGUGAGGGUGUUCAUGACUAUUUGGAACGUUAUGAAUGGUUUCGCAAUUUCUGUCAUACUAAUCGCAUGUCCAUUUAGAUCAGACCAAUGUAUAUUUUAAUUAUUGUUUAAUUUUAUUAAACUUGUAAUAAA